AUGACCCACUUCUCCUACAAGCCCGUGCCCCUCCCCCCCACCGCCAGUCCGGACAUGUUCCAGGAGUUUGGCAGGCAGGUCGAGGGCUUCGACCCCGAGACCGUCACCGACGACCAGAUGGACGAGAUCAUCGACCAGCUCUACAAGCACUCCAUCCUCCUCUUCAAGAACCUCACCCUCACUCCCGCCCAGCAAUACGCCAUGACGCUCGCCUUCGACCCCGCCGCCCAGUCCUACGGACACGGCAACAACAAGACUGGCAACACCAAGUCUUCCAUCCUUCACCCCGAUCUCAAGACCAUUCCCCAUCAGCCGCAGGUGCAGUUGAUCGGGAACGGAAAGGUGCAGGGUGUACACGAGGGGCUUGAUUCUCCUCAGCUGAAGCACCCUCAUCACAAGACAUUCCACAAGACACCUGUCUCCCAGGAAGACGAGGACAAGGGCAUCACCCGCUUCUACCGAUGGCACAUUGACGCUGCUCUCUACAACCUGAACCCUCCCAAGGUCACCACCCUCUACGCCGUCAAGGUUCCCCAAGGCGAUCUUCAGACUUGUCAAUACGACGACGGCACCGGAGACGAGCUCCCCGUCCCUCUUGGUGGUACUGCCUUCGUCAGCGGAAAGAACAUGUUUGACAUUCUCUCUCCCGAACAGAAAUCCCUCGCCGUCCGCACCAAGGUCGAAUACGCCCCCCACCCUUACAUCUGGAUGUCCAAAGCCCACGCUCUCCCCACGGGUUUGGGUAUCGAGAGUGAAGGACUCGAGCUGCCUCUGGACGAGCUGCCAGAGUGGGAAGAGAGCAAAGUCAAAAAGUUCCCUGUUUGCUGGAAGAACCCGGUCACCGGCAAGCUCCACGUCCAGGUCCACCCCUGCGGCGCCUACAAACUCCACAUCUCCCCCUGCCCCUCUCCCUCCUCUUCCACCCUCUACCCCGAAGGCGGCGUCAUCGAAGACCUCUCCACCGUCCGUUCCGUCCUCUACGAUCUCCAACGCCCCGGUAUCGCCCCUCCCCUUGUCUACUCUCAAAACUGGCAAGAAGGCGACCUUGUGUUGUUCCACAAUAGGGGACUGUUGCACAGUGUGAUGGGGGCUUUCAAGGAGGAUCAGGUUAGGAUGUUCCACCAGUGCAAUUUGGCGGCUAGUGAGGAACCGGUGGGGCCUGAUGGGGAGGAUGUGAAAACUUGGGCUUGA